UGCUACUUUUAUGAAUGAGAAUUUAAUCAAUCUUGCCUGUAUAAUGGGUGAUAUAAGUAAAUUAUGAAGAUUACUUCGAUCGCGGCGUUCACAAAUGGCUGCGGAUUCGCUAUUAAAAACGGGGAAACACUCGAAGUAUAUAUCGUAUAGAAAAAUAUUGUAUCAUAGGUUUUUCGUUGGGUUGCUGUUGUUUAUAUUGGUGACUUUAGCGAUUACUGUGUUGUUUAAUGCUCUGUCGAGUAGUUCGCCGCGGACAGUUGUGCACGAAGCAGUGAAUUUGGACCGCAGUGUUGUGGUGAAGUUGGGGCAAGAUGCAGCUACAGCGCAGCCCAGGGAUGCAAACUGCACAUACUGGGAGUGCUUUAACGUGUACCGGUGCGGCAGAGGCGGCCACAAUAAGAUAACAAUAUACAUAUACCCGAGAACGGACUUCCACACGCCAGAGGGUCCUAUAUCAAAAUUUUCUAGAGAAUUUUACGUAAUUUUAGAUACUAUAAGGCAUAGUAAAUAUUAUACAGCGAAUCCUGAGGAGGCGUGCUUGCUAAUACCUAGUAUAGACACUCUAAAUCAACGUAGUUUUUUAAGCAAACAUGUGUCACAGGCUUUCUACAGUCUUUCACACUGGAACAAUGGAGAAAACCACCUUAUAUUUAACAUGCUGCCCGGAUCAGCACCCAACUAUGAGACUGUCCUCGAUCUCAAAACUGGCAAGGCCAUCAUAGCAGGGGCCGGGUUUGACACCUGGUCCUUCCGGUAUGGCUUCGAUGUGGCCAUCCCCGUCUACAGCCCUCUAGCUGCUCACAUAGACGGCACACAACCAGAUGACAAGAAAUCCUUAAUAUUAUCCACACAACUAAACAUCCCAAGAGAUUACUUAUCUAUAUUACAGAAUAUAGCAUCGUCAUCGAACGAUCUCAUACUUUUAGAUAGGUGUAAAAGUGCGGAUCACAGUAAGCGCUGUGAGUAUGUAACGGGUAGGAUAUUCAACUACCCGGAAGUAUUAAAAAACGGGAUGUUUUGUUUAGUCAUACGGAGUGCAAGAUUAUCACAAGCUAUGUUAAUGGAUAUGAUAGCAUCUCAGUGUAUUCCUAUAAUAGUGGCAGAUUCGAUAGUGAUGCCUUUUAAUUCGCAUGUGGAUUGGAAUAAAAUAGCAAUAUUUGUACCUGAAGAGAAUUUGAAGAAUGUUUUGAAGAUAGUGCACGCAGUGAGUCAAGAGAGGCGUGGGGAGUUGUAUUGGCAGCAGAGAUGGGUGUACGAGAGAUACUUUUCGAGUAUACAGAAGAUAACUAUGACUAUGUUGGAGAUUAUUAACGAGAAGGUGUUCCCGUUGGCAGCUAGGAGUUACGAGGAUUGGAACAUGCCAGAGCAUUUGUACGGUCCCGUGAACCCGCUCUUCCUGCCAGUGACCGCACCAAAGGGCCCGGGCUUCACCGCGGUCAUACUGACCUAUGACCGAGUGGACAGCCUCUUCACUCUAGUGCGGAAACUGGUGCGCACACCCAGCUUAGCGAAGAUCCUCGUAGUAUGGAAUAAUCAAAGGAAAGCGCCGCCGCCAUCGUCCGAAUGGCCAGUGAUCAACAAACCGCUGAAAGUGAUACGGACCAAAGAGAACAAACUGUCCAAUCGUUUCUUCCCGUACGACGAGAUCGAGACGGAAUGCCAGCUGACCAUCGACGAUGAUAUUGUCAUGUUGACGCCCGACGAAUUAGAGUUUGGUUUCGACGUGUGGCGUGAGUUUCCCGACCGGAUCGUGGGGUUCCCGUCCCGCCUCCACGUCUGGGAUAACGGGACUCACUCCUGGCGAUACCACAGCGAGUGGACCAAUCAGAUUUCCAUGGUUUUAACCGGCGCCGCGUUCCACCAUAAGAUCUGGUCGUGGUACUACACGUACCGCAUGCCAGCCGCCGUGCGCUCGUGGGUUGACGACAACUUCAACUGUGAGGACAUCGCUAUGAACUUCCUCGUCGCUAAUGUCACUGGCAAGCCGCCUAUUAAGGUGACCCCCCGCAAGAAGUUCAAAUGCCCCGAGUGCACCAACACCGAAAUGCUCUCCGCCGACGCUCGCCACAUGACCCAGCGCUCCGCCUGCAUACAACGCUUUACGCAGAUAUACGGACACAUGGCUUUGAAAUCUGUGGAAUUUAGAGCCGAUCCACUUCAGUAUAUGGAAAAUUCUGGAAUACCACAUAUGUAUCCUGAUAUUGGAAUGCUUUAAUCAAGGGGCAACGUUUAAAAAUCCCUUUACGCAAAUAUAUGGCCAUAUGGCCUUUAAAUCUGAGAUUCUGAGCAGAGCCAUUUAUAUGGAAAAUUCUGGAAUAAGUGAUGGCGUUGUAACUCAGGAAAACAUAAUCUGUAUGCAAUGCUUCACGCAUAAUAUAUGAAAUAUGGCCUUGAAAUCUGUGGAGUUUAGAGCCGAUCCACUUUAGUAGGUAUAUGGAAAAUUCUGGAAUACCACACACAUAGGAAUAUAUGCUAUAAACCAGGUAAAAAGGUCAAAUACGCCGAAGACCGCGUAUCUCAUGUGUGCAAUGCUUCACACAUGGCCUUGAAAUCAGCAGAAUUUAGGGCUGAUCCUUUGCAGGACAUGGAAAACUAUGGUUUAUGACGUCAUGAUGACGAUGAGAUUAUGUGGUCCAUUCAAUAUUUACUGAAUUUAUAACAAAUGUUUAAUUUCAAUGGGUUAAAACUUUGUACCGUAAGGUAUAGUUGCUUAUUGUAUCAUGCUUAAGACAUGCAAAUGUGACGUUCCCGAAAAAUGUUACUAAGUUUUCGCUUGUCAUAAAGUCGCUUUGACAGGUUACACCGUAUAAAUAUACGGGUAAAUUUCGUUCUUAUGGUAUGCGAUAUUGUUGUAUCUUUUGCGUGAGAACGUCACAAAUGUGGAAGGAAAAAACGAAUAAAUAUUGGAUGAGAGUUUUGAAUGAUUCACGGUUAUUUUAAUUAGACUUUUAUUGACCGGGAUAUAGACCGUGAUUACCUUUUUGAUUUUUGUCGA